CCUAGAGAAGUGUUUUUUGGCGGGAAACCAGAAGAGAGAGAGAGACAGAGAGAGAUGGGAGGGGAAGAAGAGGCUGGGGGUGCUGGAGAUCAGGUGGUGGAGGAGGAGUUCACGGUGUGGAAGAAGAACAGCCCAUUCUUGUACGAUCUCAUCAUUUCUCACGCCCUCGAGUGGCCAUCCCUCACCGUCCAGUGGCUUCCAUCGCCUCCACAACAAUCCGACGGCGACGAUUGCUUCUCCGUUCACAAGCUGAUACUUGGGACCCAUACAUCCGACGAUUUCCCCAACUUCCUCAUGGUAGCCGAUGCUCACCUUCCCAUCUCUCACCAGCUCAUGGCACCUGAAACAAACCCUAAAAUUCCCAAGGUGGAGAUAAUGCAAAAGAUUUAUAUUGAUGGAGAAUUGAAUAGAGCACGAUGUAUGCCUCAGAAGCCAUCUGUUGUUGCGGCAAAGACUAGUGGUUGUGAAGUGUAUGUAUUUGACUGUAACAAACAGCCAAUGAAGCACCAAGGGGGAUCUUGCGCUCCUGAUUUGAAAUUGAGGGGUCACGAAAAAGAAGGGUAUGGGUUGUCGUGGAGCCCCUUUAAAGAGGGCUACCUUUUGAGUGGUUCAAAUGAUUGCAAAAUAUGUUUGUGGGAUGUGUCUACAAUGCCCCAAGAUAAAGUUCUUGAUUCCAUGCAUGUUUAUGAGGAUCAUAAAAGUGUGGUUGAGGAUGUUUCGUGGCAUUUAAAGAAUGAAAAUUUAUUUGGGUCCGUGGGUGAUGAUUGUUGGCUAAUGAUUUGGGACUUGCGGACAAACAAACCCCAACAUUCAGUCCAAGCUCAUGAGAAAGAGGUGAACUAUCUGUCAUUUAAUCCAUUUAAUGAAUGGAUUCUGGCCACGGCAUCUUCAGAUACUACUGUUGGUCUGUUCGAUAUGCGGAAGUUAGCAUCUCCACUGCAUGCUUUGAGCAGUCACAUGGAGGAGGUAUUCCAGGUAGAAUGGGAUCCUAAUCAUGAAACUGUGUUGGCCUCGUCCGCUGAUGACAGAAGAUUGAUGGUUUGGGACCUUAGCAGGAUUGGAGAUGAGCAGCUGGAAGGAGAAGCCGAAGAUGGUCCACCCGAGCUUCUCUUUUCUCAUGGUGGUCACAAAGCGAAGAUAUCUGAUUUCUCCUGGAACAAGAAUGAGCCAUGGGUCAUCUCGAGUGUCGCUGAAGACAAUGCUCUUCAAGUCUGGCAAAUGGCUGAAAGUAUUUAUCGGGAUGAUUAUGAAAUGCAAUGCUAAACUUCUAGUACUGGUCACGAGCUUGAAGGCAAUCUCUUCUUCAAGAUGAGAUUUAUUAUUGAUGAUAGCAUUAUGUAUGCACCAAAAUUCUGUGACUUAGAAGAAAUUUUUACUUAUUAAAUGAUAGUUAUUUUUCCUUUAAACACAAUUAAUUAAAA